GCCAAAGCUGAAAAAGAAGACUACAAGGACUAUGUACUCUGCAGUGAUGAGACCAAGAUAAAUGUUUUUGGAACUGAUAGCUUCAAAACUGUAUGGCAUCGCAUAGGUGAGGAGUACAAAGAAAGAUGCAUGGUGCCUACAGUGAAACUUGGUGGUGGCAGUAUCCUUUCUGUUUGUCCGUAUGAGUGCUGCUGGUGUCGGGGAGCUGCAUUUCAUUGAUGCUAUCAUGAAUUUACAGAUGUACUGCUCUAUAUUGAAAGAGAAGUUUUCCAACAUGACAAUAAUCCAAAACACACAUCUAAGACCACUGUUGCAUUUCUGA